CAGCAGCAGUCUGGCCUCCGAAACGCUCUGAAACCACAGCUUGCCGUAAACAAAAAUGGCGACAGCAGACCCUGGACCUUCGAAUGACGGCGGACCAGCUAGCAGAGGAUUCCAGUCUGGUGAAAAGAGUAACGAGCGAGAUGGCCCAAGCGAGACCGGUGGAGAAGGUGAACGCGAGCGAGACCGGGCUACGUUCGAAUGUAAUAUUUGUUUGGAUACAGCAAGAGACGCGGUCAUCAGUUUGUGUGGCCAUCUAUUCUGCUGGCCCUGUUUGCACCAGUGGCUAGAGACCAGACCCAGCAGACAGCAGUGUCCUGUGUGUAAGGCUGGCAUCAGCAGAGACAAAGUCAUCCCCCUCUAUGGCCGUGGAAGCAGCAGCCAAGAGGACCCCAGGUUAAAAACCCCACCUCGACCUCAAGGCCAGAGACCUGAGCCAGAGAGUAGAGGGCCUUUCCAGGGUUUUGGGGACACCGGUUUCCACAUGUCGUUUGGCAUAGGAGCGUUUCCCUUCGGUUUCUUCACCACAGUCUUCAACACCAAUGACCCUUUCCACAGAGCAGAUUAUGUGGGUGAUCACCAAGGCAACGGGAACCCCAAUAAUGGGAACAACUGGCAAGACUCUCUCUUCCUAUUUCUGGCCAUCUUUUUCUUCUUCUGGAUGCUGAGUGUGUAAGCGAGACCGCUGCAGCAGAGAGACUGAAAGUGGGUGAGGAGAGAGACAGGGAGAUGGGUGAGGCUGGGGAUUGGGAUAGACACACACCACACACCACACACACACACACACACACACACACACACACACAAAAGAGCAGUGGAGUGUUAGGUAUACAAAUUGUACUCAUUGGGAGACUACUAAUAGCUACACAUAAUAGGCCAGCACUGUAUGAGAGUGCAGUGUGCAAUGACACACAACCUAGUGGUGAAUAAGCACUUGUGUCUGUCCAUCUCUACCUCCCUCUGUCCUCUCUUGCUGGCCUCAUCCCUUACCUGAUCCAUAUGUGCACACACACUCAUGAAGUGGGACCUGGCCAGAUAGGCCACGGCACAGCUGGCUACUGGAGUGCCAUUGGCUAUGUGAAUGCUGUCCGUAUCGAAAAUUGAGUAGAUAUUGAUAAUUGAGUCAGUAUUUCAGAGAUGAUCAGUUAGGUUUGAUUGAUAGCUAGUGGUGCAUCUGCCCAAGGUACACUGUUGUAGAUUUUAGACCGAAGUAUUACAAGUGGAGUGAUACACACUGCCAUGAGAAGUGCAAUUUCUUCUCAGUUUGGUAGACUUUGCUCAAGAAGCCCUCUGAGGAAGUGAACUGGAGAAGGCUGAACGACAAUUUGUUCACUAGAAUAAGUCUCUCCUAUAAUAUUAUUUGCUUGAUUCAUACCAAAGAAGUGAUUUUUAACUCAAAGAUUUGCACAAGGACAUGUAGUUUACAGUAAGAUUAAAAAUAAAGUAAAUUCUGGUUUCAUAAAUACUAACUAGAUAUGACAUAUCUUCCUUAAAUCGUCAUUAAAUAUAGCAGUAUACAAGCCACCGUAUCAUUGUGCGAUGUCCUGAUAAUUCAUUUAUAAUGGAACCUUUGGUGUACUGUUAUGCAUCUGAAAGCUUUUGGUGUAAAGUAACUAAUUUGAGGUCUAAAUAGUCUAGCAGGAACAGUAAUAAUGGAAUCUUGUAUUCAGAGAGAGCUCAAUCUUUUUCCUGGUCAACAUAGUGACAGGAUUAUACCAGAGUAUAGGACUUCUAUACUUCUUGGUUAUACUAUAAUACGCAGCACAGUGAGGACACACAUGGAAGUGCUAGUGUCUUCACUGCAAAAUCCUGCGACACUUGAGGUAGACCUGACAGAUGUGACUGACCAUCAGAACUCAAGAGGUACUGUGAGUGGCUAAACGAGUAAAGUGUUAGUAGCUUGGGGGGAGUGUGUGAGUGUGUAUGUGUGUAAUUAUUCCUUUACCACAUUUUUAUUCCAGCAACAAUAAUUUCUUGCCCCAAACUAUUUUGAAUCCUUUUGACAUGCAGGUGUAGCACAGAACAGGUGUGUUAUUCUCCAUAGUGUUAAGAUGGUUAAUGUCCAUGCACAGCCCCAACCCGUAGAGAUGCACCAAAUGUACAUGUUGCUCCAGAAGCACACCAACUUCCCUGGUAUGAACAUUUGGACAUGGUGAUGUGUCUGUCCCUCUUGUAUCAAUGGCUAUUCUCAGUCUUGAAGUCUUGUCUGUUUGUGUGUGUAUAUGUGUGUGUACAUAUCUGUGUAUAUAUGAGUAUGACUUGCUGAUUUUAAACAUGUCACCACUGGCCAUUACCAUGCAAGGUGGGGCAUAAAGUUGUGCAGAAAUUUUAGUUCUUAAUUGUACAUGGAAUAUACAAUGGGUUGACUUCCUACUUGGCCUACCAGACAGUACGGAGACUUUAAUUGGAUGAUAAGACCUAUGUAAACCAGUGAGUCAACUGGGAUAAGUCACUCAUUAAGUCUGUAUGGGCAAAACUGUUCCUCAAUAAAAUUGUCAGGUAGAUACAUGGCUCAAUUGAAUCAGUAUAAUAACUGCUUUUCAUCAGGUAGUCAUGGCAAUUGACAAAUUGGGAUUGGUUUUAUUUUAUUUUUUUGCAUAUCACUGUCUAGUUCAAUGACUCAUUUGUAUUAUACUUUGACACCAAGAACAGGAAGAUGACCUUUGUACCACAAGUCUUUUUCUUAAGGUAUAAGGAGUCUUGAUAGAGAUUUUAAAUAACCUUAAAAUGAGGACUGUUUUCUGUCAGUAAAUAAAUGUUUAAUACAGCUGA